AUGGCUCGCUUCACCAUGUACCUCGCGCUCACUGCUUUUGUUCUUGUAACUCCCGUUUCGGCCGUGAUUGGCGAUGCUGUUGAUGCUGUCGGGGAUGCAGUUCAAGAUGCCUAUGACACGACGGCCAGUUGGGUGGAUGGAGCGGCGGACACUGUGAGUGAUACGGCUGAAGAUGUCUACAAUACAACCUCGAGCUGGGUCAGCGACGCCGCGGAUACUGUAGGAAGCGCUGUCGAAGACGCGCACGACACCGUUGCAAGUGCCACGGGCUCCAUCAUUGACGAUGUCUCUUCCGCGCACACGCUAGCAGUGACCUCGGCGACUAUUUUCGCGUUUAUCGGGCUAGCCGCUGCCACCUUAUAA